AUGUCCACGCCGCUGGAGGACGCGAUGGACACCCUGAUCAGGAUUUUCCAUCACUACUCUGGCAAAGAGGGAGACAGAUACAAGCUCAGUAAAGGAGAACUCAAGGACCUUCUCACCAGUGAGCUCACUGGCUUCCUUUCAGGCCAAAAGGACCCCCUUCUUGUUGAUAAGAUUAUGAAAGAUCUGGACUCCAAUGAAGACAAUGAAGUGGACUUCAAUGAAUUUGUCGUUCUGGUUGCUGCUUUGACUGUGGCAUGCAACAAUUUCUUCGAAGAACAGCUAAAGAAAGAGGGAAUAUAA